UGAUUUCCAAAAGACAACAAGGAGAAGCGGUAUUCCCUUCACUAGUUAGCGUUACGUUCUUACAAUAGACCAUCUAAAUCACGGCUAAGAAUAUCCACCCGUAAACUGGAGCUGUUUGGGGUUGAUUAUCCUCCUGGUUCGUUUUCUCCUCGGUCUCGCCCGGCCACCGGAAGCAGUGCGGAUAAAGCCGAGGUCGCAAAGUGCGUCACACGGUUGAGCUGCCGGAGAAGCACGACGCGAGAGCUGCAGACCGCCGCCGACAGAAACUCACGCGCGGGUUCCACCUUUUGUGUGCGCGCGCGACUCUCAGAAACCCGAGCGGGACGUGUUGGGCCGCAGCAUGGUGAAGAUCGCGUUCAGCUCGGCUCUGGCGCACAAGGCGCCGGGCAAAGAGGCGCCGGCGGCCGCGGUGAAGGACCCGGAGCUGGCCUCUGACUCUGCGGCCACAGACGGCUUCGGUCGCCUUAUUCUCUACCUGCUGGGGAUCUCCUUCAUCCUGACUGGGCUCAUUGUGGGCGGAGCGUGCCUCUACCGGUACUUCACCCCAAAGAGGCUGUAUCACGGAGCGAUGCAGUUCACCGACGUGUCCACCGGGGUGGAGAGCCAGCCCUACUACCUGCCGCGGGUGGAGGAGGAGGUGGAGAUCUCGGACAGCAUGGCCGUCGUCAGCGUGCCCCCUCCUCGCUUCCGGCCCGGAGACCCCGCUUACAUCCUCCACGACUUCAACCGGAAACUGACGGCGUACUUGGACCUGACUCUGAGGACCUGCUUUGUGAUUCCUCUCAACUCUUCGGUGGUCCUUCCCCCGCAGGACCUCAUCGACCUCUUCUCACAGCUCAUGAGUGACUCAUACCGCAGCUACCUGGUGCGCGAGGACCUCGUGGUCACCGAGCGCAUCGAGGACGUCAAGCCGCUGGGUUUCUACAUCCGCCGGCUGUGUGACGGAAAGGAAACUUACAGAAUGCAGCGUCGGUCCGACCUGCCAGGCGGAAACAUCCAGAAGCGCUCCGCCGAGGACUGCUUCACCAUCCGCCACUUUGAGAACAAGUUUGUGACGGAGACCCGCAUCUGCAAGGCCUGAUGGGGGAGACAGAGAAAGAGAGAGAGAGAGAAAGAGAGGAAACGGGGUGAAUGAGGGAGUGGAUGAGCACAUUGACAGGAAGUACAACUUUCUGCAGAAAGCUACUUUUGUACAAAAUCGUUUUGCCUCCCUUUGCUUCCCGGCUUGCGUGGAGUAAGUUUAGGUUCCGCUGUACGUACGCCUCGCCCCGCAUCAGUCCUCACCACCUGCUGUUUUUGUCGUCACCGUAGACGCACUAAGUUUCAUUUGCGCCGUCAGAAUCCGUUUCGUUCGCCGUGGCUUCCUGCAGACCCGCCCCGUCGUUGUCGUUUGGCUUCCUGCUCAGUAUUCCCGUCGUUCCCAGCAGGUGCGCGGCGCCUCUCGUGUUUCCUGUCGCCUCCUUUCCCAGGGCAGCUGCAGCGGCGUUGCCGUGACGCCAUCACGCACGUUUGAGCGCACGCUCGUCGUCUCACUGUCACGGUUGCCGACGCGGACGAACAUCCGAAAGCCGCCACUCUUCACUGUUUGUAGAUAUUUCCCAGAGUGCCCUGCUGCUGCUGGGACUCCUCCGGGCUGCCGUGUUAUGAUUUCGUGAACCUGAUGAUGAACUGUUUGGGUUUCUGUGUUUGUGUAGACAUUUCUAGAUGUUAGCUAGUGAAGACCGUGAGCUAAACCAGCGGGACCAAGCCACAGGGAAACGUUAUUUUGAAGCUAAAAAAACGUUCAUUUGAUCGCCUGCUUUGGUUUGUGAAUUUGUUCGUAUAUUUCAUUUUAACCUGAAAAAAAAAAAAAAAAAAAAAAAAGCAGAUGUAAUCUAUUCUAGUUGGUGGCAAUUGAAGUUUGACUUUUUUUCACUCGUACUUGCUUAGAUUUACUUACACGAAAGUGUCACGAUUGAGUUUGGAAAUCCCUGGAGAAGCGGAAAGAAAAGAGAAAAAAUGUGAAAAUAUUAUUUUUGAAAUGGCUUCGUGCCAAACAGAAUGAAGAGGGGGAAGACAGGGAAACGCUGCGAGGCGUUUCAGUGGUUUGUUCUAUGAAUCCCACACAGGAAGACAAUCAGGAAGUGCUGCAGGCGAGUAACGACAACCCAACUCUGUGUGACUCUACUGAACUGAAUUUCAUUUUUGUUGUUGAAUAAAGUUGCUUUUCUUAACCUGCUUAAAAACCAAA